CGCUUUAUUUGUUUAUUUUCUGCACAUGUUCGCAGCUGACUUUGAGAUCUUGUUUACUUCUCGGCUCGUUUCUGUCCGACGCUCCAAAAAUGGGGAUUUUCGCAAGUUGUUUCAAGGGCUCCAACGACGAUGUCCCUUCUAGCACCGGACCAGACGCCGUCCUCAAGCGACAACAAAUGGCAGAAGCAGCCGAGAAGCGGCUGAAGGAACAAGAGUCCAGAGGCGUCAAGGACCCGGAAAAGCUGAGGCGCCAGCAGCAGAGGCAGGCCGAGCUUGACAAGGAGCUUGGAGCUGCCGAAAGAAGUCCAAAUGAUGCCAACUUACGGUGGCAAGUCACGUGAGCUCUGCCAUGAGCCUUCGGUAAUAUCAAACCAAGGUAAAAAAAAAAAACGAAAACACCCGGUUGUUUGAAGAGUUGUUUCCGUGUGCUCACUGCCUGCGAUUUAUUUAUUCAAGAUAAUUGUUGCUCUGUACACCAAUAUAACAAUAAACAGAACUGUAAUUUCA